GGGCCGGAGCCGCCGGCGGCGGGGCGGCGGGGGCGCCCCGAUGAGCCCCGAGUGCGAGGAGCCGCCGCCCCCCCGCGCAGGGCGCCAUGUUUUGGAAGUUUGACCUGCACACAAGCUCUCACCUGGACACACUGCUGGAGAAGGAGGACCUGAGCCUACCCGAGCUGCUAGAUGAGGAGGACGUGCUGCAGGAGUGCAAGGUUGUCAAUCGGAAGCUCCUAGACUUCCUGUUGCAGCCAUCCCACCUGCAGGCCAUGGUGGCCUGGGUCACCCAGGAGCCCCCAGCCAGUGGUGAGGAGCGGCUACGCUACAAGUACCCUAGUGUAGCCUGUGAAAUCCUGACCUCUGAUGUGCCCCAGAUCAACGAUGCCCUGGGUGCAGAUGAGUCCCUCCUGAGCCGACUCUAUGGCUUCCUGCAGAGUGGUGACAGCCUCAACCCACUGCUCGCUAGCUUUUUCAGCAAAGUCAUGGGCAUUCUCAUCAACCGCAAGACAGAUCAGCUUGUGUCCUUCCUGCGCAAGAAAGAGGACUUUGUGGACCUGCUACUGCGGCACAUUGGCACCUCAGCCAUCAUGGAUCUCCUGUUGCGUCUGCUUACUUGUGUGGAGCGGCCUCAGCUACGGCAGGAUGUCUUCAAUUGGCUGAAUGAAGAGAAGAUUGUCCAGCGGCUAAUUGAGCAGAUUCACCCAUCAAAGGACGACAAUCAACAUUCCAAUGCAUCCCAGUCCCUGUGUGACAUCAUCCGCCUAAGCCGGGAACAGAUGAUCCAAGGCCAGGACAGCCCGGAACCAGACCAGCUGUUGGCCACCUUGGAGAAGCAGGAGACCAUCGAGCAGCUCCUCAGUAACAUGUUUGAGGGAGAACAGUGUCAAUCUGUCAUUGUCAGUGGGAUCCAGGUGCUGCUCACCCUCCUGGAACCUAGGAGGCCAAGGUCUGAUUCUGUGACCAUGAACAACUUCUUUAGCAGUGUGGAUGGGCAGUUGGAGCUCCUGGCUCAGGGAGCCCUGGAUAAUGCACUGUCUAGUAUGGGUGCCUUGCAUGCCCUGCGUCCCCGGCUUGACCGCUUCCAUCAGCUCCUGCUUGAGCCUCCCAAGCUCGAGCCUCUGCAGAUGACGUGGGGUAGCCUGGCCCCACCACUGGGUAACACGAGGUUACAUGUGGUCAAGCUCCUGGCCAGUGCUCUGAGUACCAAUGCCGCUGCCUUGACACAGGAGCUUCUGGUGCUGGAUGUGCCCAACACCUUACUGGACCUCUUCUUCCACUAUGUAUUCAACAACUUCCUGCAUGCUCAAGUGGAAGUGUGUGUGAGUGCAAUGCUGAGUUCCGGGCCCCCUCCAGACAGCAGCUCUGAGACACCUGUCCCAAACCCUAUCGUGAAACAUCUCCUUCAGCACUGCCGCCUGGUGGAGCGCAUUCUGGCAUCCUGGGAGGAGAACGACCGUGUGCAGUCUGGAGGGGGCCCAAGGAAAGGCUACAUGGGCCACCUGACUCGGGUGGCCAAUGCCGUGGUGCAGAAUGCAGAACAGGGGCCCAAUGCUGAACAGCUGGGACAACUGCUAAAGGAGCUGCCAGAGGAACAGCAGCAGCGAUGGGAAGCAUUUGUGUCAGGACCCCUGGCUGAAACCAACAAGAAGAACACAGUGGAUCUGGUAAACACUCACCACAUGCAUUCCUCCAGUGAUGAUGAGGAUGACCGCCUCAAGGAGUUCAACUUCCCUGAGGAGGCUGUACUACAGCAGGCCUUCAUGGACUUCCAGAUGCAACGCAUGACCUCAGCCUUCAUUGACCACUUUGGCUUUAAUGAUGAAGAAUUUGGGGAGCAGGAAGAAAGUGUGAAUGCACCAUUUGACAAGACUGCCAACAUUACCUUCUCCCUAAAUGCUGACGAUGAAAAUGUGAGUGCUUCCUGUUUUGGCUGUGACGAGGGGAGGGGUCACAAGCAGUAUAGCCCAUCCUCCUGUCCUGCUCUGCAGCCCAAUGCCAACCUGCUUGAGAUAUGCUACAAGGACCGGAUCCAGCAGUUUGAUGAUGAGGAAGAAGAGGAGGAGGAGGGCCAAGGCUCGGCAGAGUCAGAUGGAGAGUAUGGUGCCUGGCAGGGCAGCCAGUCAGUGAGAGUAUCCCAGGCAAGCCAGCCCUCUGGUGUGCGGAGUGGAGGAAGCACAGACAGUGAGGAUGACGAGGAGGAUGAGGAGGAAGAGGAUGAGGAUGAGGGGGCUGACCAGGCAGCCUGUGGAAGAACCAACCCUUCCUCCUUCCCUAGCCCUGGCACUCAGCCUCCUGGCCCGAGUUGGACUGCUACCUUUGACCCAGUGCCUACGGAUGCCCCAACAGGUCCCCCAGUUUCCAAGGACGCAGAUAUGUCCUCUGUCCAGAUCCUGUCUAGCCCUCCAGCCCACAAUUCCUCACAGCUCAGGUCUCAGGACCCCACACACCCCUCAGCACCUCAGGAAGUCACAGAUAGCAGCAAAGUAGCAGAGCCCUUGGCCCCCUGCCAGGCCUUGGUUAGUGUUGCGGAUGUCCAGGCCACACUGCAUGGGAUGCGCUCUGCCCCCAGUUCCUUGGACAGUGCAACCAGAGACCCCUCUACCUCUGUCCUAGACUUCAAGGCCCACCAGUCUCCUCAGACCAUGGAGGGGAAAAAAAGCCCAGAACAUUUGGGGCUUCCCCAAAGCCAGAGUGCCCAGGCCCUUGAGAUGCCCAAUGGGUCUACCCCAGGAGGGCCCACUUCAUCGGGUUCCCAGUAGCUGCCCGGUGGCAGUGGUGGCCAAACCUCUGUCCUCCCUUUGGAAUCCCUUAGUGGGGCAGGAUGAGCCCUUUGGUGGCCCUCUACUCCAUUGUCCCAUACCCUACAUUCUCUCCUCUGGACUCCCAAGGAGGCUGGUGCCAGGGAGAUGCCCUUACCCACCCCCAUUUGCACUGAGAAGAGAAACUAUGGAGUUUUGUCUCCAAGAAUAAAGAUAGGGAGUCACAUAGAAAGGAGAAAGAGAGAGAAAGAAGUAUAUUAUAUAUACACAUAUAUAUAUAUAUAUAUAUUGAGGGAGGAGUAAGAAAGGAAGCCAGGACAAUAACUGGGCCAGCAGCUCUGAAGCACAACCUCCCCGUCUGUCCCAGUAGGGGCUGGCGCUGGGGUUUGAGGCCGCUGACCUGUGCUCUGGUGCAGAUGCUCACACCCAGCCUUUCACUCAGGACCACCUUGGGGUAUAACAGAGGGCAUCAGGCCCGUAUGGCCAUGCGUUUGUCCAGACCUUGCACUUUGACCAGUCAUCUGGCCCCUGGCCCUGGGGAGCAGGGCCUCCCUGGCAACAUCCCCAGAGGCCCAGAAUGGGGGUUGCUGGGUACCCCUUGCCCUGAGGGUUCCAGCACUGCUGCCAAGUGGCCUUGUCCCAGCUCCCUCCCCCAGGCUGGUGUGAGUGUGCAAGUAUGUGUGCAGAGCUUGUGUUUCAUACUGCAAAUACAAAUAAAGGAAGAAAGCAGAAGA